AACAGAAAGUGUGCACAAAAAGAUAUGCAGGUGGAGGAGAGAGGACACUGGGGACAUAAGGUGGAGUUUCUCCUGGCUGUUGGAGAAGUCGUUGGCCUGGGCAAUGUGUGGAGGUUUCCUUACCUCUGCUACAAAAAUGGAGGGGGUGCAUUCUUGGUGCCAUAUCUGGUAUUUGUGGUGACCUGUGGGGUACCCCUGUUCCUGCUGGAGACGACCAUAGGCCAGUACACUCAGGAGGGCGGCAUCACCUGCUGGAGGAAGUUAUGUCCACUGGCAGAAGGUAUUGGCUAUGGAGGGCAGCUGAUCAUCCUCUACAGCUGUAUGACUUACAUUAUUAUUCUGGCCUGGGCGUUGCUCUACCUCGUGUUCUCCUUCAGCUCCCAGCUCCCCUGGGCCAGCUGCAACAACUACUGGAACACAGAUGACUGUGUAGAUUAUUCAACAAAAAAUGCCAGUGUACGGUGGACAAAUCAGACCAAUUCAACCUCUGCAGCCACAGAAUUCUGGGAACGACGUGUGCUGGCUAUCUCAGGGGGCAUUGAGGAGAUCGGCAGCAUCAGGUGGGAGGUGCUGUUGUGUGUAAUUGCUAUGUGGAUCAUCUGUUACUUUUGUAUCUGGAAAGGUGUCAAGUCUACAGGGAAGGCGGUGUAUUUCACUGCUACCUUCCCCUAUGUGAUGCUGCUGAUUCUCCUGAUUCGUGGACUCACUCUCCCUGGUGCACUACAAGGAGUGAAGUUUUAUCUUCUGCCUGAACCCUCACGACUCACAGACCCUCAGGUGUGGAUGGAGGCUGGGUCUCAGAUCUUCUUCUCGUACAGUGUCGGUGUGGGGAUCUUAACUGUACUGGGAAGCUACAACAAGUACAACAACAAUUGCUACAAGGACUGUCUGUGGCUGUGUUUGCUGAACAGUGGGACCAGUUUCGUAGCUGGGUUUGCAGUCUUCUCAGUGCUUGGAUUCAUGGCUCAUGAGCAGGGUGUUCCCAUUGCAGAGGUGGCAGAGUCAGGUCCAGGCUUGGCAUUCAUUGCUUAUCCUCAGGCUGUAGCCAUGAUGCCUCUGCCUCAACUGUGGUCCAUCUGUUUCUUUGUCAUGCUCCUUCUCUUGGGUUUGGACACACAAUUUGUCGGCAUGGAGGUGGUGAUGACGUCUGUCAUUGACCUGUUUCCCAAAGUUAUGCGCAGGGCAGGCCGACGGGAGAGGUUCCUCAUCCUCUUCUGCUUAAUAUGCUUCUUCUCUCAGCUUGUCAUGAUCACUGAAGGAGGGAUGUAUGUGUUCCAGAUGUUUGACUACUACGCUUGCAAUGGAGCCUGCAUCCUCUUUCUCUGUGUGUUUGAAACACUGGCACUGGGAUGGAUAUUCGGGGCAGAUCGGUUGUAUGACAUCAUAAAGGACAUGACAGGGGUGAAGGCCAACCCAUUUUUCAAAAUCUGCUGGCUCUACCUCACACCAAUAGUCUCACUGGGCUCUUUCAUAUAUUCUUUAGUUGAGUACCAGCCUCUGACCUUUAAUCGCUGGUACAUGUACCCAGACUGGGCGCAUGUGUUGGGUUGGCUACUGGCCCUCUCCUCAAUCCUGCUUGUGCCUGGAUGUGCACUGUUUAAGCUGAUCACUGGGACUGGAACUCUCAAACAGCGUUUUCAUCGCCUGUGCCAGCCUGAUAUUGAAAACUCACUGACCCAAAAGAUAGAGGGGACCAAGAGUUCUUUACCAGCUGAAAUGGAAGAACAGAAUGAUCACCUGAUACUUAACUCUUGAGCAAUUGUGUUUGUGUGGCCAGCAACUUAGAUUUGACACUGAUUUGGCUACUGCCCUUAAGAUAACUUUCUCUGCUUAUUAAACAUUUCUUGAAGUCCAAA